UGACAUAACAUGCACCGAUAAAAAGUUAGGUUAUGUUUAUACGAAUUUUGUGUAUACCCUUACCCUAUACGAAACACGAAACCAAACAACUCUGAAGACGUCGUACGCAGCUUUUGCAACAAACUGCAGUUUAUUUUCAACAAAUUCAGAAGCAGUAGUUAUAUGAAAAUAAAAAAUGGUAGAAGACGUACAACGGCACUCUGUGCAUACACUGGUAUUCAGAUCUCUGAAACGAUCUCACGAUAUGUUUAUUUCCAACCAAGGGAACUUACCGACUGUAGACGAAACGGCUGAAAAAAUUCGAAGAGCUGUAAAAGCCCGAGACUCCUAUGGCUUAGUAUUCGAUGACGUAAAGAAAAUGCAAGCUAUGAAACACCUCCGUGAAUCAGAAGCUGGUCCAAAUCCUCCACCUCCUGGUACAGCAGAAAAUGAACUCAACACAGCUGAUGGGGCAAUGGUUCCAUAUAAUGAUAAUGCAUUAGUAGCCAGAAAUAAUCCGAAUACACCGAAUCAGUUAGCACAUAUGAUAAAGAAAGCUCCAACCAUGCCAAAACCUAAGUGGCACCCACCUUGGAAGCUGUAUAGAGUUAUAGCUGGGCAUUUGGGUUGGGUACGGUGCGCAGCUGUCGAACCUGGAAAUGAGUGGUUUGCUACUGGAGCUGCAGAUAGGAUAAUCAAAAUAUGGGAUCUAGCAAGUGGGCAACUGAAAGUGUCACUCACAGGACAUGUCAGUACAGUUAGAGGACUUGCAGUAAGUGCCAGACAUCCAUAUUUGUUCAGUUGUGGAGAAGAUAGGCAAGUGAAGUGUUGGGAUCUUGAAUACAAUAAGGUGAUAAGGCACUACCAUGGACAUCUAUCAGCAGUAUAUUCACUAGCUCUCCAUCCAACAAUUGAUGUAUUGUUGACAGCUGGUCGCGACUCCACCGCCAGGGUAUGGGACAUGCGCACUAAGGCGAAUGUUCACACUUUAACUGGACAUACGCAUACAGUGACAACUGUCAUUGCUCAAGCUAGUGAACCACAAGUCAUUACAGGUAUGGAAUCACCUAUGUGAGAAUCGCCAGUUUAAUUACACAAUUUAUAAAUUUUUUAAAAAUCAAUUUUUUUUUUCAGGAAGUCAUGAUUCUACAAUUAGAUUAUGGGACCUUGCAGCUGGAAAAUCAAUAUGCACCCUAACCAAUCACAAAAAGAGCGUGAGAGAUGUUGUUUUCCACCCGACCUUAAAUAUGUUUGCUUCAUGCUCACCUGAUAAUAUAAAACAAUGGAAAUGUCCAGAUGGAAAGUUUAUCCAGAAUUUGUCUGGCCACAAUUGUAUUGUCAAUUGUCUUGCUGUGAACCCUGAAAGUGUUCUGGUAUCUGCAGGAGAUAAUGGUACUAUGUUCUUCUGGGAUUGGAGGACUGGCUAUAACUUCCAAAGGUUACAAGCUCCAGUUCAACCUGGAUCAAUGGACAGUGAAGCUGGCAUAUUCUCAAUGACAUUCGAUAAUUCCGGAUCUAGAUUGAUAACGACCGAGGCUGAUAAGACGAUAAAAAUAUACAAGGAAGACGACACGGCGACUGAGGAGACACAUCCCAUCAACUGGAAACCGGAUAUACUUAAGAGGAGGAAGUUUUAAAGCAAAGUUUGUUUUUGAUUUUUUUUCAUAUUUUCUAUUUAUCUUCCUUUGUCAAUUUUUAAUAAAACUAUCAUUGUGCAGAAGAAACAUUAGGUAACCGAA